CCAAUGGAAAAACGUUUCGUGUAGGACUCUGCCUGGUGCGGGUUUGGCGCUGGCUCGGGUUGCUGGGGAGCGGCGGCGGCUGUGGGACCCAGAGUUGGAGCUGGUGCGAGGCUGACGUGCAGCGGCGGCGCUGCGCGUCUGGGAGGAGGACGGGUUAAAAAGGGGGUAGUCUGGCACUAAGAAGGGCACCACCGCGGUCUGGAGGACGAGGUGGGCCGCUGCUUCGUCUUCGCCUCCUGAGGGGGCACGGAGCGGCAGAAGGGUCAUGAAAAUGGCUACCCCACAGGCAGUUUUCACCUUUGCAAUCUGCAUUUUAAUGAUUACAGAAUUAAUUCUAGCUACAGAAAAUUACUAUGAUGUCUUAGGAGUUCCAAAAUCUGCAUCUGAACGCCAAAUCAAGAAGGCCUUUCACAAGUUGGCCAUGAAAUACCACCCUGACAAAAAUAAGAGUCCUGAUGCUGAAACUAAAUUUAGAGAGAUUGCAGAAGCUUAUGAAACACUUUCAGAUGCCAAUAGGCGAAAAGAGUAUGAUUCAGUUGGACAUAGUACCUUUACUAGUAGUGGUGGAAAUACCUUCCAGCAGUCAUUCAAUUUCAACUUUGAUGAUCUUUUUAAAGACUUUGAUUUCUUCGGUUCUGACAAAAACACUCAAACCAAAAAACAUUUUGAAACUCACUUCCGAACACGGCAGGAUGGUUCCAGCAGGCAAAGACAUCAUUUUCAGGAAUUCUCUUUUGGAGGUGGACUGUUUGAUGACAUGUUUGAAGAUAUGGAAAAAAUGUUUUCUUUUAAUGGUUUUGACAAUGCAAACCGACACACAGUGCAAACUGAAAAGAGAUUCCAUGGGUCUGGCAAGCAUUGUAGGACUGUCACUCAACGUAGAGGAAAUAUGGUUACUACAUACACUGACUGUUCAGGACAGUAAUUCUAUCUCACUCUCAUAAAGCCAACUAAUCUUUUCUUAUGAAUACAAAUAGAAACAAACCUUUCUGUGAACUGUUUUGACAAAUGCAUGAAUUCACAUUUUAAAGUACUUAAUAAAUAUCAUAAAGAGGUGUAUGUAAAACAAUCUUGACAACUUUAGAUGACAAUGAGCUUAAUUAACAUUUCCUCAAUUAGGCCAUGAAAGUAUGUUAGAAAUAUAAUUAAUUAUAAUAAAUUUGGUUUACCUGACAACAAAUUCCUUCAUUUGGUUAGAUUUGUUAAAACCAAGAAAGGGUUCAUGAAUUUAAUGAUUAAACAGAUAUUUACUUGACUUAAAUUAGAACUAAAUAGACUCUUGCAGUGAAAUUUUUAGUAACUUUAUGUGCAUGAUCUGUACUAAUUUUCUUGAUAACUAUGCCUAAAAUAUAGAAUUUUGUUAUGAAGAGAGCUACUUAAGUAAAAUGUCUGAUUCCAUUAGGAUUAUCAGAGAUAGCAUUUCAUUCAUGAAAUUUAGGAAUUUUGCAAUUCUAUUUUUCUAUUGAAUUUAUUCAAAGGAGAAAAGAGUCAUGGGAUAGUUUAGUAGUGCUUUCCAUGAAAAUACUUUUUUAAACAUGGAAUAUGUAUUUGUGAAAGGAAUUAACCUUGUUCACAUAUAUUUGGACUGAUUAUUUUGACAGAUAUAAAAUAUAAUUGAUAUGUUGCCAAGAAAUUGUUUCAUGUUUGCUGAGCUACUCUCUUUGUAAUGGAACUCAUACCUGCUUUUUAGUGCCAUUCAUAUUUCUUUAGUUUUUGACCAUCUACUUAUUUUUAUGAAUGUCCUCAUUAUGUCAAGUGCGUUUCCUUUUUUCUUUGCAUUCAUCAUUUGGUAAUUAACUAAUACCUCAGUCUUUAAAAACAGCCAAUGUGUAUACCCUUAUCUUAAUGUGCAAUAUUUUUAAAUAGUAGUAAUGUUUUUGUUUGUUUUUUGCACAGACUUAAUUUCUUUGUGUAACUACAUUUUGUAGUUUUAUAAAAUUUCAGUUCUGUAUUUUUCUAUGUCAUACUUUGAGUAUUAAUCAUAUCUAUAUAUUUGUUGUUGACAAAACUAGCACCUAUCAUAACAGUUGUAUGUGAGUGAAACAAAUACAAUAUUUGCAACUUGAAUGUUCUGUUUAUUCUUGGUUACUAGGGUAAAGUGUUUCUUUUAAUAUAAUGAAAGCUACAAAAUCAUUUGUCCAAAAUUCAAGGCAAGUGAGCUUCAACAUUUAUCAGUAUUUUACUUUUAUGGGGAAUUAAUCAAACAUUUUUAAAUGCCUGAAAAUAGGCUUCAGUUGAUUUUAAUUUACAGAUUACUUUGUUUUGAGACUAAGAUUAUCAAAAAUGGUAAUUUCUUUUUACAUUUAGUAUAAUUUGUUCUACUAGUUUAUUUUGCUUGCUACUGUCACUAGCCAUUCAGUUUUGAGAGUGUGGCUAAAUAUUAAAUAACAGUACUUCUGUAGAAGUUGUGCAGUUUUGAAACUAUUGUAUAAUUUCAACUGGAAUGCUUAGGGAAUUGGGCUUAUUAAGGUUAACUGAGAGUCAGAUAAAUUGUAAACUGAGAGUUACAAUAAAUGGUUUUUAGAGAUGGGAGAGGCAGCAGAGGUAAUUCAGGCCACAAAGGCUAAAGAAUUUGUUCAAGAAGACUAUACAUCUAAUUGUCAACAGUCAAAUCAGUACUGGAAGUUGGUUUUAAUCUCUCAUACUCUCUAUACAUCACAGUUUAUUUGAACUUGUAAUCAUGAAAGUCUUUUUAAACUGUGUUAGUAUAUUUUCUUUCCUUAGGAGUAUUAAUGUAUGUGAUUUCAUUUUUCAUUUAGGAUAUUGUAAUGCCUAAAUGUAAUUCUGAAUAUCAUUUUGUAUUGUUGUAUAGUACUGUAGAAUUUAGAAAAGGUUGGGCUGAAUGUCUAUUGACUAGACCAUGUACUCAAAAAAGUUUUUUGUCAAUCCUAAAUAUGACCUUGUUUUCUUAUUAUAUUGCUUUUUCCUCUUAAAAGCUACAUGUUUCCUUUCUUAUGGUUCCACAUUUCUGUCUUGACAAAUAUCUGGUCAUUAGAAGGUUUUAUUUAAUUAUUGUUUGACUUUGCUUGUUUGGGCUAAGUGCCACAAGAUAUUUUUUCCCCUGGGUGACGAUUUUUUGCUUAUUGGGGAAGAGUAGAGACUCUGCAAUAAUGUUGUACUUUAUAGCCAUUCUCAAUAACAUAUAAUGAGGAAGGUAAAGUAUGCACUCAGUUUUGCAGUUAAAUAAACAAAUUUCAGGA